AUGUUUGAAAAUGGGCUGGAGUUACUUCAUGCUCUUUCGACAUCGCUGUUUGACCUCAUACUUCUCGACAUCGUUAUGCCGGUGCUUGACGGAUGCACAACUUGUCUUUUUAUUCGUGGCAGAUCGCCGAUGCACAGUAUCCCAGAUUUUAUCGUUGGCGAGCAUCGAAGUUACAGUCUCCCUAUCGUUCCCACGAUCACAUCAUCACCGCAGUCAGAUAUGGAAUCGCCUUUGUCGGCGCCACCUCCAUAUCGACCAAGAGCAUUAAGCAGUCCUACACUUACUAUACCCAUUGAAACGCCUCCAACAAUAUUGGAAUUCAAUUCGUCAGUUCCCAUCGUCGCCAUCACAUCAAAUGCACGCCCACACGAGGUCGCUUUAUACCUUUCAUUAGGCAUGAACGAUGUCGUAGAGAAACCAGUGCGAUGCGGGGAGAAAUUUGCUGGUAUCAUCCGAUCACUUUUAGCAAAUCGAUUAGGUUCUGUCGAUACUGUUACAUGA